AUGCUAAAACAGUUUCUCAUACUGAUAUUCGCCUUGGCUACUUUUGUAGCAGCAGAUCCGCUGAUGGAAGAAUUGGAAGGCACAUGGACCUCGAAAUCAAACACUGUGUUCACUGGCCCUGGGUUCUACGACCCAGUGGAAGAACUCUUGAUUGAACCAGACUUGCCAGGAAUCUCAUACUCCUUCACCAAAGACGGACACUACGAAGAAGCAUUGUAUAGGGUUGUCUCCAACCCCAAAAACCAUUCAUGUCCCGUUGCUUCCGUAACCUACCAACACGGAACAUACGAAAUCGCUAGCAACGGUUCAGUUAUGCUAACACCAAUCGCCGUUGAUGGAAGACAGUUGUUGAGCGACCCAUGCAACCAAGACGACCCAAACGUAUCAACUUAUAGUAGAUAUGUUCAAUCAACAUACUUUAAAACAUACCAAAAGUACGUUGACCCAUACCACGGAAGAUGGACCUUACAAAUUUACCAAUUCGACGGAAGCAAAAUGCAACCAUUAUAUUUGGCCUACAAGCCCCCAUUAAUGUUGCCCACCUAUGCAUUAAACCCCACUGAUGCUGCCUCAGAGACAGACUCUGAAUUGAAUGAUGACGACAGCAGCAAGAGCAAUUCCAAAUCAAGAAGAAGCAGGAUCAAGAGAUCAUUGGAGAACCAGUAUAGAACUAAUGCCAUUAGACAAACCCACGACGAGUCGAUGGACAAGUACUGGUGGUUUAGCGUUGCAUGCUUAGGAUUGGGAUCAGCUUACAUGUUUUUAAAGUAA